AUGGCUGCCAUUGCACAAGGCCAUCAGGUCCAUCCGGACGGUCGCACGUGGAAGAGUCAUUUUCCUAAGGGUGAUCUUUGGGUAUUUGGUUAUGGGAGCUUGAUCUGGAAACCGCCUCCACACUAUGACCAGCGUGUACCGGGCUAUAUUAAUGGCUAUGUUCGGCGUUUCUGGCAGGCCAGUACCGAUCACCGUGGCACCCCCGAGCAACCGGGCCGAGUAGUCACCGUAAUCGAGCGAAGCUUCUGGGAAACCCUGAACGAUCCGCUCGCCCACCUAGAAUCUGAAGCUGCCUCCACAGGCAAAGUCUGGGGUGCGGCGUAUCACAUCCCUGCAUCUCAUGCCGAAGAAGUCCAUGACUACCUCGACGAACGGGAGAUCGACGGGUACAGUGCGCACUAUACGCCAUUCCACCCGACCGUGGAUGUCGAAGGAGCCGCAGGAUCGACCGGGCCCUCUCCAAUCAUUUGCAUGGUCUACAUCGGCCAGCCGACUAACCCGCAGUUCCUGCGUGAAGCAGCUCAGCGCGAGCCGCAGAAUGUGGCGCAGGUUAUCAGUGCUGGGCAUGGGUUGAGCGGCAAGGGUUCUGAGUAUUUGUUCUUGUUGGAGAAGGCUCUUGAGGGUCUUGGGCUUGGGACUGCGGAUGUUCAUGUUACGGAUUUGGUUAAGAGGGUUAAGGCUAUUGAGGCUGAGGGGCUUGCGGAUGCUGAGGAGAAGGAGGCUGGACUGAAGGUUACCAGGUCUUUGGAGGGCGAGGGUGAUGAGUCUGAUCGUGAGAAUAGCCAUUGA